AUGGGGGGAGGGGGAGCACUACCAAGCCCACCAAGUAGGAAGGGAAAGAAGAAAAACACACCAAAUCCACAGCGAACAAAGAGAAAGCUGGAAAAUUCAAAACAGUGUACAGUGUGCGGCCAACGACGGAGGUUGUACCAUUGUACUAUUUGUAGAAAAUUCUAUCAUAAGAGAUGUCACAUCCCACCUGUGGAAGUCAAGAGAGGCCUGUGGAGUUGUGUCUUCUGCAAGACAAAGGAUCAGUUAAGAUGCCAAGAAAAUCAAGCACGUCUUAAGGAAUCUGAGGUCCUGAGGUGGAGGAUGUUGCCUGAGAAGCAGCUGAAAUGUGAGCUGCUUCUCUUGACUAUGUACUGCCAUUCAAAAAGUAGGUUUUUUAUCCACAAACCAAAGCAAAAUAAAGCGGACUUUCCAGGCCUCAAGAACAUGUGGCUAAACAAAAUCAAGUACAGGCUGGAAAAGAAGGCAUACCAUUCUGUACAACGUUUUGUGGAGGACAUGCGCCUCAUCUUUCAGAAUCACAGCAUAUUUUAUCAAAACCACAAGUUCAACAAUCUUGGAGUCACAGUAGGAGGGCUGUUUGAGAAGACUUUCAAGAGGAUUUUUUUCAAUUGAAGAUACAAGCAAAUAACUUCAAUCUUGUAACCACAUUGUUUUAUUAACAUAGUCCUUCUGUUCUCUCCACUACCCAUCCCUCCAGCAAUGCUCAGAGAGCCCACUAUCCACUCUAACCUUCUGUGUAAACAGCCUGCCACACUUCUGCUUCUCACCUUCUGUAUUGCCCUUCCUGUUCAGUUAGCCUCCUAAGUAAAACUUAACACUUGCUAUGCACAUCACAGUAGUGAACGUCAGGUGCUGAGGGAACCCACUGAGAACAUGACUCUGGAAGCAGGAUUGUACCCCUCCCCCAUUUUAAACCCAAGUAUGUUUGUCUCCAAAUGUCCUCCAAAGCAUCUUUUCUAAGGAUGGCUUGGCUCCUCCAACCCAGUGGCUGGAUAGAGAAACCAGCAAAACAGGCCAAGAGUGGAAACACUGUCUUUUGGAACAGCUAGAUGAUGAACCAUUUCUAACAGAUACUGUACUUGUUUAUCCUGUUUAUUCUUCAACCUGGAAGCCUCUCCAAGAUGCUAACUGCUCUGCCCUGAUUCCACUGGGAGCUCCACCACCCCCUACCUCCAUCUCUACACAACUUCCCCACACGAUUAACAAUGUUUUGUAGUUUUUAUAUUUA